AUGACGCUUCAUCAAAUGCUAUGUUAUGCUGUAUUUCUGUUUUCACCAUCAAAUGUCGGCGACAGUUGUCAGAGCUACUGUAAACCGCCUUUGGUAUGCAGCAACAAAAAAUGCAUAUGCUGGAAAGCUAGGCAAGUCGGCAACACCUGUGUCGUAGACUGCCCACCUCACCAGAAACUGGUCGGCCAAGAAUGCCGGAGAUUCUCUAGACUUUUGGAGACCUGUCGCGCUGACCAAGAUUGUGAACCCGCACUUUCUCGCUGUUUCAACGGCCGUUGCGUUUGCAGAGAGAAUACCAUCAAGAGAGGAGACAGAUGCGUUGCAGCAUGUCCAGACGGAACUCUGGCCACGCAGGUUUGUGAGAAAACCGUUGUCGGCGACAACGAGUUCAACAAGUACUCGCAGUCGACGGACACCUGUCCCGCCGGCUAUCAUUGUGUGACGUACGGGAAGCCGUUGGUCGGUCAUUGCUGCCGUCUGUACUGUCCGUACGGAUCAGCGGAGACGAGUAAAUCGUGCGAAGCCGGUGCACCCAUUCACAGCCGAUGCCCGAUUCUGACGACCCAUUUCUGCCACAGUUUCGAAAGCAACGGUGUCAGUACGAAACUCUGUUGCCCGAGGCCGUGCCGAGAGCCGACCCCGUUCUAUUUCAAAGGCGAAUGCUUGCCGAUGUCUCAUUUCCAUGACCCGUGCGUGACCGAUGGCCAGUGCGAGGGCGGCAUGGGCUUGGCGUGUGUUAGGGGGAGAUGCGAAUGCUUAUGCCCAUUGCACAGCGUGCCCAUAAUGACCAACUGCUACAAAAAGUCAAGACUCGGCGACCCGUGCUUCUCUGACAGUAUUUGUCCUCGAAAGGCCCAAUGCCAGGACGGUCGGUGCGAGUGCUCUUGCAACUAUGUGCAAAGAAUGAACAACUGCAUCAAUCCCGACGAUCCGCUGAACAUCGACGGUUUUCUUCAAGGUUUUCAGAAGAUCUUUGGAGGAGGAGGAGGCACGAAACAGAGGUAG